CUGUUCCUUGGUGUAUGUUUUGCUGAGAUCAUUAGAGCCUGAGUCACUCUCCCCAGAAGACCCAGACCUAGAACUACCCAGAGCAAAACCACAGCUGGUGGACAGUCCGGGACUGGACAAAAUGGAGACAAAUUCCUCUCACCCCAUAAACAUCUCUGGAGGGCCACCUGCUGUACCUGCUGGCUAUCUCUUCCUGGAUAUCUUCACUUAUCUGGUAUUUGCAGUCACCUUUGUCCUCGGGGUCCUGGGCAACGGACUUGUGAUCUGGGUGGCUGGAUUCCGGAUGACACACACAGUCACCACCAUCAGUUACCUGAACCUGGCUGUGGCUGACUUCUGUUUCACCUCCACUUUGCCAUUCUUAGUGAUCAGGAAGGUCAUGAGAGGACAUUGGCCUUUCGGUUGGUUCCUGUGCAAAUUCAUCUUUAGCAUAGUGGAUAUCAACUUGUUUGGAAGUGUCUUCCUGAUCGCCCUCAUUGCUCUGGACCGCUGUAUUUGUGUCCUGCAUCCAGUCUGGACCCAGAACCACCGCACCGUGAGCCUGGCCAAGAAGGUGAUCAUCGGACCCUGGGUGAUGGCUCUGCUCCUCACAUUGCCAGUUAUCAUUCGUGUGACUACAGUACCUAGUACACUCAGGCCAGGGACAGUAGACUGCACUUUUGACUUUUCACCCUGGACCGAAGACCCUGUAGAGAAGAUGAAGGUGGCCAUUGCCAUGUUGAUGGUGAGAGGCAUCAUCCGGUUCAUCAUUGGCUUCAGCGCGCCCAUGACCAUCGUCGUCGUCAGUUAUGGGCUUAUUGCCACCAAGAUCCACAAGCAGGGCUUAAUUAAGUCCAGUCGUCCCUUGCGGGUCCUCUCCUUUGUCGUAGCUGCCUUUUUUCUCUGCUGGUUCCCAUAUCAGGUGGUGGCCUUCAUAGCCACAGUCAGACUCCAUAACACAUCACAAGGCCUGUCCAAAGAACUUAGAAUUGCAGUGGAUGUGACAAGUGCCCUGGCCUUCUUCAACAGCUGCCUCAACCCGAUGCUCUAUGUCUUCAUGGGCCAGGACUUCCGGGAGAGGCUGAUCCACUCCCUGCCCGCCAGUCUGGAGAGGGCCCUAACCGAGGACUCAGCCCAAACCAGUGACCCAGCUACCAAUUCUACUUUACCUUCUGCAGAGGUGGAGUUACAGGCGAAGUGACGAGGGAGCUGGGGGACACUUUCGAGCUCCCAGCUCCAGCUUUGUCUCACCUUGGGUUAGGCUGAGCCACAGGCAUUUCCUGCUUAUUUUAGGGUUACCCACUCAUCAGAAAAAAAAGCCUUUAUGUCCCCUGAUUUCGGGAGAAUAAACAGAUAUGAGUUUAUUA